AGAGGAACGUUGAAGUUGGCUGUUGAGAGGAACUCAACUGACACUCACACUGUGGAAUGAAGAAAAGUAGUCAGAUGUUGACCCCGAAAGGGUCCUUCUCCGUUGGAGGCAGCAACAGGAGGAACUCGGAGCGGAGCACCAAUCAUGUUCCCAGAAAAGCAGUCCGGGUGUUAGACAACGACGGCAAGGACGUCACCCCUCUGCCUCUGUACCACGCAGAGCGAGAAGACCUGCCGUCCAGAGCAAGGAGACCCUUUCUGGACGAUCUAUUUAACAGGCAAGGAUCAGAAUACCGGAUAUCCGCGUCAUGCUUCAAUGUGCUCUCCCGCAGCUCAUUUGCAGACAGCUGCCGAAUAUCUACCCCACGAUCACUGACUAAAGACAAGGAGGAUACGGUUCCAAAAUUGGACAUACCACCACAACGUUUCACUAUAAGCGCUCAAAAGACGGACAAUGUGAAACAACAUAUCACAGAAGAGAUGCUGGAUAAGGACGUAACCAUCUGCCUCACUGAGAGCGAUACCAUUUCACUGCUGGACAUGGGCAACACUUUUAUGUCAGAGGAUGCUGAUGAUGCACAAGCACUGAAGGAGAGAAAUGUUGAAUAUGCUGAGCUUUGUAAGAACAGAUUGGGCAACGAUAAGUAUGUCGGACGGGCAAUGCAGACUUUCAAUAGAGCAUUGAAAAACAAGGCGACCCAGACUGACGAGAUUGCUGCGAUGGAUAAAGGGACGUUUGCUUCGGUUUGGGACAUACAUGACUGUAACCAAAAUAAACUCCCUGAAAGUAGUGAGGAGGUCGACCAUCCAGAUACCACCACGAACACCAGCCGAGAAAAGAGAGGACAACAUAGCAGCAACAGCAGCACAGGCGGCACGGAUAAGAACAAGGGCUCGGGACUAGCUUUGCAAUUACUUACAUGUAUCACUUUGUCAUAUUUCAUUUCCUCAGGCAGCGCCACUAGCUCACAGUUAGAAAUGGUAACGUAUGCGGACAGUGUUGAUGCGGAUUCCGACCUGCAGUCUAUCCUGUAUUCCAAGUCAUUUCAACACAGCUUGUUAGUGAUGGAGAGGAGCAUCGUGGCAAACAUAUUGCAAACCAAUCUGGCUGCUUAUAGACAGCUGCCCACAGUGGAAGAAUCAUUUACAGAGCCUGACAGCACAGGGAAGCCUGUGACCGAGGAACAGAGCGAGGAGGGCUCUUCAUCUCCAACUCUGGAACAUAUAUUGACUUUCAGCUGCGAGCUCACCAGAGGAUGCGACAUUACCAGCAUGGUCUGGAACAAGAGCAACCCGGAUAUCCUGGCAGUGAGCUACUGGGACUCAAGAAACUGGAAACCAAGUCUGAUCUGCUGCUGGUGCCUCCAGAACCCCACGUGGCCGGAGCGUGUCUUCCACUGUGACAGUCGUGUCACAUCCAUGGAGUUCUCAGCCAGCAGUCCCGCCCGGCUGGCCGUCGGGAUGCACAAUGGCACUAUCGCCAUCUACGAUGUCAGUCAGUGCAACGUCACGUGUAUCACCGACAGCAGCAACUGUUUGAGAAAGCCCAUACAUCCAGUGUGGCAGGUCAACUGGCUCAGACACAUGAUGACAUCCUCGGGGGAGAACAAGGACGAAGUCCUGGUCUCUUUGUCGGCAGAUGGCAGGAUUUCCUCGUGGUUCGAUUGCAGCAGCGGCCUGGACUGCUUAGACUUGAUAAAGGUAAAGAAGAAGGAUGCAGGACUGAAGAAGACACAACAGAUUGUACCAGGCGCGGUGACUCCUGGUCUUUGUGUUGACUUCCAUCCAAAAGAAUCCAAUAUCUUUGUGGUUGGCACCUGGGGGGGGCUCAUCCACAGGGGCUGCAUCUCCAACAAUCGCUAUUUUCUGGACACUUAUCAACACCACAUUUGCGCCGUGAACCGCAUCGAAUGGUCCCCAUUUACUCCUGAUGUGUUCCUGAGCUGCUCCUCCGACUGGACCAUCCAGCUGUGGAGGAAGGACCUUUUCACCCCCGUGAUGAGCUUCGCGUCCACCCAGAAGGCCGUGGACGCGAUCAAGUGGUCCCCAAACUGCUCCACCAUAUUCGCAGCACACAAUGAGGAGCGGGUGGAGAUCUGGGACCUGAAUUCAAACAUCAUGCACCCAUUGAUUGUUCACUACACUGAAGCUGGUGUGAAAGUGAAGUCCCUGCUGUUUACCCGAGGGACAGACAUUGUCCUGAUUGGGGAGAGCGUUGGGCAAGUGACCGUCUACCGGAUGAAGAACCUCAGUGUGGGAGAAGACGAGCAGGUGAAAAGUUUGGAAGACAUCGUUAAUGCUGCAGUUUUAAAGGAGCUUUAGAAGCUGCAACUUGGGAAGUGUGGAAGACUUUUAAUCCAUCUUCGAUUACUCGUAACACUUCCAAGGCAUUUUGUUCAAAUUUAUGUUUGUGUUAUCUUCAUUUUGGAACUUUAGUUAUUGAAAAUGUAUGUUAUAAAGGUAUUCUUUAAAAAUUGUAUUCAAUGAAUUGUAUUCAAUGUUUUGUAUGCCAAAAAACAUGAUAUAAAACAAGGGAUAAAAUAUUAUCCCAGAAAGAUUACUACAAUAAAG